UAACAUUAAAAAAUAAUCUAAAUUAUAUGACAUGGUAAUGAUCUAUGCUUAAUCAGAGAUUCUGAGUUCGAAUUCAAGCUUUAGAAUAAAAGCAGGGAGAGCUUUGUCGCUCAUUUGUGCUCCUAUCCAGUUCGAAAUAUUAAUCUAUGCAGUUGCACGCAAAAGAUACAGUACAUGUUAAAAAAUUGUGGUAGUAGUUGGUGUUGGCAAGCAAGAAAUUUUGCGUAUUGAGCUCAUCAUCGCCAAGCCAAUUGUUUCUCGAUUCUAAGAAUUGAAAGAGAUAUCAAGCUGAAUUCAGGUUCUUGUUCCCAACAAGUACUCAUCUUGUCUUGCAAAUUGCAAUGUAUCCCAACCAUUCAUUCUCUUCGGGGUCCUAUACGGAUAUGUUCACUGCGAAUCCUCCUUUGGUACCUCACAACUACUACAAUGAAUCUGUAGCAGGACAAAAUGAAGCUAAGUUUAUCACAGCUAUGGGUGACACAGUGACUAUGCAGUCCAUUGAUACACAUUCCAAUGGUUGCAACUCUAAUGUAGAUUUUGAGCAAAAUAUGCAGUGUCAAGAGUUAUCUCUUAGUCUUGGCACACUAUUGCCUUCUACUGCAUCUGUCCCUCCAUUUCAAUAUCAGUAUCAUGACACCGGUUUUGUUUCGCUUAUGAAUGCUUGUCUCCCAAAGGGAACUACAAUAUCCAAUGAUGAUGAGUUGAAAAAUGUUGAAUGUAUGGCAUCUAUAUCUUCUGGAGGCUUUCAUGACAUCACCAAAAGGGACAGUUUUCGCAACGCUGACCCCUCAAAUCAAUGCCUACAGGGUUCACAAGUUUUUCCUAACAUUUUACUAAACUCUCAAUAUCUUAAAGCUACACAGGAGUUACUUGAUGAGAUAGUUAAUGUCCGAAUCCGAAAGCAGCGUGCAAUGGAAAAACAAGAAAAAAUAUGUGACAUUGGAUUAGAUAACUCCAAAGACACUGAUGCAAAAUCUACUAGUCAGUCUGUGCAAAUAUCUUCAGCCCCUAAUGAUUCUAAUUCCAAUCCUUCUUGCGAAUUAUCUCCGGCAGAAAGACAAAAUUUGUUGGAUAAGAAGACCAAGCUUUUGUCCAUGUUGGAUGAGGUAGAUAGAAGAUACCGACACUACUGCAAUCAGAUGCAGAUUGUGGUGUCAUCUUUGGACAUGGUUGCUGGUGGUGGUGCAGCCGAGCCAUAUACUACACUAGCAUUUCGUACAAUUUCACGCCACUUUCGCUGCUUGCGCGAUGCAAUCAGUAGCCAAAUUCAAGUAAUUCAAAAGAGCCUUGGGGAACAAGAAGGAUUUCCUCGUCUGCGGUAUGUUGAUCAACAGCUUAGAAAGCAAAAGGCACUUCAGCAUCUUGGUGUCAUGCGACAAGCUUGGAGACCUCAGAGAGGGCUUCCUGAGAACUCUGUCUCAAUACUACGCGCUUGGCUCUUCGAACAUUUUCUUAAUCCUUACCCCAAGGAUUCGGAGAAAAUAAUGCUAGCUAGGCAGACUGGUUUGACAAGGAAUCAGGUGGCGAAUUGGUUCAUUAAUGCACGUGUACGUCUUUGGAAACCAAUGGUUGAGGAAAUAUACAAAGAAGAGUUUGGUGAUUCUGAAAUGAACUGCAAUUUUUCAUCUGAAAAUAAUACACUCCAAGGUAAAAGAAAUUAUACUCAACAUGAAAUUGAUGAAAAAUCAGAAGAAGAGUCACAGGACAAUGUACAAAUUAUUACUAGUGAUAGUGUACAAGGCUAUUCCACUAAAGAACAACAUGUAGAAAAAAAUGUGAUGGAUUGUGGAAGUGGAAAAUUGCAUUGUGAUAAUGAAAGAUUCAGCGUGAAAAAUGGCUUUUAUUCAGAAAUAGGUUGUGAUAGUGCCACAUAUGAUUUAUCAGAGUUAUGUGGUGGCCACAAUGUGUCUCUUGCAUUGGAGUUGAGGAACUGUGAAAGUGAUGUAUUAGCCAUAUCUGAUGAUACCAUUCAUAAAAGACAUAAUAAUCAAAUAUUGGCUUCUUCUUCUUCUUCUUCUGCUUCUGAUUUACAAGAUUAUGAUUUCACAGAUUCAGGAAAGCAACAACACAGGUUUGGCAAUACUCAUCUGUUGCAUGAGUUUGUUGUAUGAAAUCUACCAAAGAUAUUUUUCAUUUUUUACUACUUUGAUUUUAAAGGUAUCUUAAUCUCUGGAAAAGGUGUACUGCCAUAAAGAUGAAAAGAGAAAUUAAAAAGCAUAUACAUACUGCUGUUUUUUUCUUUCUAAUUCAUUUGUGUGUUGCCUUCAUUGUUCAUAAAAGUCAUGUAAUUAAUAAACGUACAAAAUAUAAAAAUAGGAUAGAUAUAUACUCAUUUGCUUGUAAUAAAUAAAUAAUAAUGUUACAGAUGAUUGGUUUUAUUAUGAUAUCUGCAGGCAAUUUUUUUGUAAAAAGAUAAGGAAAAUAUCUAGUGCAUUAAUGUUGUAUAA